CUUGGUUCCACUUUGUCAAUGGCGAGGGAAGCCGUUCAGUGGACGGUCUUGGCGGUGGCGUUGGUCUGCAUCAUAGCGGCGGAAGCCACAAGUCGAGCACCUACAAUGCAGGUGUUUACCCACUAUCCUCCCGAGAUUUGCAGUGCUUGCAGUGCUACGCUGAUAGAUUCCAUCCUCCUAAAAUCAGCAUCGAGCUUCUGAGGAUUAGCAAGCCAAUGGAGAGCCAGAAGAGUGACCUUUCUUUUCACCAGGACUGGGCCUUCCAUCUCCUUGUCUACGCCCACAUCACUAUCGAUGGGAAGACCGAGUACGCCUGCAAGGUGGAGCAUGAAACCUUUCGUGAACUCCAAACCCACAAACUCGAGUGGGAGUUCUGA